AUGAAGUUCUCCCAUAGCAUCCAGUUCAACGCUGUGCCUGACUGGGCCAGUCACUACAUUGCCUACAGCAACCUGAAGAAGCUAAUCUACCAGCUUGAGAAGACAGCCGUGCAGAGCCGCGGCGGCGACAACGAAUCCCGGCCGCUCAUCUCCCAUGAAGAACCCGAUGAUGUCUUCAGCAAAGCGCUCGGCAUCGAACUAGAAAAGAUUUGCUCCUUCUAUGUUGCCAAGGAAGGCGAGCUCUACGAAGAGGUUGAGCAGUUGUUGCGAGAUGUUGCUCAAACACAGCUCAUCGAGGGCCCGACGUCAUUGCAUCGAUCAUCGUCAGAUGCCCAGCGUGUCCGACGAACCAGCUCAGCUGGCCACACUACCGAUGACAUGGACAUGGAUGACAGCGGAGCAAGCGACGACGAAGACGAGACUACAGGUCUUACUCGCCAAGCUCGGUCUCAGGGCCGCCGACGAACGAUGCCCAACAUCAUGGCGCACUCUACCGAGCUAACGGGUGCGUCUUCCGAGACUCGCUCCCGCCGAUACAGCACAGCUUUCGACGAUCUUGCCGGCGACCACAUGUACGCCUCUGGACUCUACUCCUCGGGCAUCAUGCUCAAGAAGCGCAUCAUCAGCCUCUACGUACAGCUCUGCGAGCUCAAGUCGUAUGUCCAGCUCAACAAGACUGGUUUCAGCAAGGUCCUGAAGAAGUUUGACAAGAUUCUCGACAAGGAACUUCGUGCUCCGUAUAUGCGAUCCAACGUCGAAACUGCGUACCCUUUCCGCGACGAAAAUAAGAAGAUUGUCGAGGAAAAGAUUGCCCAGAUGGAAGCGGCGUACACAGAGAUUGUAACUAAUGGCGACGAAGAACUGGCAAAGAAAGACCUCCGCUCACACCUGCGUGAGCAUGUUGUCUGGGAGCGAAACACAGUUUGGCGUGACCUGAUUGGUAUCGAGCGUCGUGCAGAAGCACCCCGUCUCGGCCAAUCGCUCUUGGGACGCGGCCAGAAUGUCGUUUCCAAGAGACUGCAAGGCGACGACGACAAACAUUCGCAUACCAAGAUUGUCAACACACCUUUGGGCCGCAUCUCGCUGCCAAGCUGGCUCGCAAACACCUCUAUGAUCACACUCAUUAUUUCCAUUGGCAUCUUCUUCGCGCUCGUCUUCAUCCCCAUUUUGAAGAAGCCCGAGCAGCAAAACUGCAUGGCCAUGCUUGUCUUCGUCAGUAUCCUUUGGGCAACAGAGACUUUGCCCUUGUUCGUUACGUCGCUUCUAAUUCCGUUCCUCUCGGUUGUUCUCAACGUUGUUCGUGACGAGGACGGCCCUCAUCAUCGCCGCCUCAACUCCAAGGAAGCAACUUCAGCCAUCUUUGCGUCCAUGUGGAGUCCCGUGAUCAUGCUGCUACUUGGCGGCUUCACUCUCGCCGCUGCUUUGUCCAAGUGUACCAUUGACAAGCGCUUGGCCACACUUGUUCUCAGCAAGGCCGGCACCCAGCCCAAGAUCGUGCUCAUCGCCAACAUGUUUGUCGCUGCUUUUGCGUCUAUGCUCAUCAGCAACGUUGCUGCACCCGUGCUCUGCUACUCCAUCAUCGAGCCUAUGCUGAGAACGCUACCGUCCGACUCCAACAUGUCCAAGGCCCUCAUCAUUGGUAUUGCCCUGGCUUCCAACAUUGGCGGCAUGCUCUCCCCUAUUGCGUCCCCGCAAAACGUUGUCGCCAUGGGUAUCAUGAAGCCGGCCCCUACUUGGCUCCAGUGGUUCUUCAUCGUUAUUCCCGUCGGUGUUGUGUCUCUGGUCCUGAUUUGGCUCUUGCUUGUCGCUACCUUCCAACCCGGUAAGGGCACUGUUAUUCAGCCUAUUCGACCUCUCAAGGAGAGAUUUACCGGCGUUCAAUGGUUCGUCACCACUGUGACUCUUGCCACCAUUGGUCUGUGGUGUGCCAGUCAUCAACUCGAAGGCGUCUUUGGCGACAUGGGUGUCAUUGCCAUUAUCCCCAUUGUGCUCUUCUUUGGCAUCGGCAUUCUCACCAAGGAAGACUUUAACAACUUCCCCUGGACCAUCAUCAUCCUUGCCGCUGGUGGUUUGUCCCUGGGCAAGGCCGUUCGCUCGUCUGGCUUGCUGCAUACUCUCGCUGAGAUUGUGUCCAAGCAAGUAGAAGGCAUGGGCGUAUACGGUGUUCUGGUUGUCUUUGCUUCAUUGAUUCUUGUCAUUGCCACAUUCAUCAGCCAUACUGUCGCCGCUCUCAUCUUCCUCCCACUGGUAUUUGACGUCGGUACCGCCAUGGAGCAGCCUCACCCCAACCUGUUGGUUAUGGGAGGUGUCCUUAUGUGCAGCGCCGCCAUGGGUCUUCCUACCAGUGGAUUCCCCAACAUGACUGCCAUUAUGAAGGAAGAUGCCGCUGGUCAGCGCUAUCUCCAGGUCAAGCACUUUAUCAGCAGAGGUGUUCCUGGCAGUAUCAUUACACUGAUUGUUGUGGUAACAAUGGGCUAUGGUAUUAUGGAGGUGGCCAACUUGGAUUAA